CUAAGGUACGCCGUCUCCGGAAUUACUGUCAUGAUCGUGGUUAGUGGAUAUGCCAACAACCUGCAGCAGUGGUCAUCCUCCGACCUUGCUCAGCAGUCUUCAGCCAUGACCAACACAUCGCUUCUUGCCAUAGUAAAGAUCGUUACUGUGCUAUGGGUGCAGAGCUCCAUCGCCAUCGCUGAAGCUUCAGCCCCGACCAUCUUCCCCGUUGGGUGGAGCAAUGUGCUCGCAAGCCCGGGCUGCAUCACCGGUACAUGGACAAGCCCGUCUCGUACAUUUAGCUGGGAUCAAAACUCGCCUACGAACUGCAUGUGGGCUUGCCAGCUGCAGAACCAUCCCGUCGCCGCGGUUACGAAUGGCAACGCUUGCGUUUGUGCCAAUUUUUGGAGCAUCGAUGUCGAUCAGGUAGUCAGCAACUCUCAAUGUCAAACUGCCUGUUCCGGCGAUAGCACGCAGACCUGUGGUGGUUUCGACACAUACCAGAUCUUUUCCGGCGAUUUUGAGACCAUCCCGUUCCUCACGGUUUCCACUACCCUGCAGUUUAAUCCUGCCCCGUCUUUUCACGUCUCUAUUCCCUGCGCGCAGAAUAAGCCGGGAGGGGUGACGCAACUGGGAGAUACGGUACAGCUCAGCAACAAUUCACCGUCGAACUGCAUCGACUACUGUCUCAAUAACAUAGGCUCGACUUAUCCUAUCCAGAUCGUAGCAGUAGAUAGUGGGAAUGAUUGUCAGUGUGGAGGUUUGCAGGUCGUCGGAUCUCAAUUUAUCUCCGGCUACAAGGGCGAGCUUCCGCCCCCGGUGGCCGCCCUGGCAGAUUGUAGUUCGUCGUGUCCCGGAUCGACCGGCUUCUGCGGAGGACCGAGCAGGGUGUCUGUUUACGGAGCCAACUGGAAUCCAUCCUAUGCACCUCUUGCGCCCGUCACCUGGCCAUGGGAUCUCACAGUAUCUUGCGCCAACAUCGAGAUUACCGGAGAGAUUUUCUCUGAUCCCGUCGUAGCGGUGUCGACGUUGAAUACGCCCGCUUGGUGCACUGCUCAUUGCUUGAGUGCGGGAUACAAACUUGCCGGCGUUGAAAACGGCGAUGAGUGCCACUGUGCCAACUCGUACUCGGUUUUGCCCUCCACCGACGACCCGCAGGAGUGUUUUGACAGCUUCCUGCCUCGCUGCGCAGGCGAUAACAACCUCUUCUGCGGCGGAUCCGGCCUCCGACAGGUCUUCGCUUUGCACGGUCCGGCGCCUGCGUCCGUUCUCCCCACAGGGUGGAGCGUACAGUCAUGGUGCGCGGUGGACAAUGCCUCCCGCAUCUUCGCGUCCCCGCAGGAGGUCACGCUCGCAAACAACUCGCCCGGCGCCUGUGUGGCGCACUGCGCGUCCGUCGGCGCCACCUUGGCCGGGGUGGAGUACGGGAACGAGUGUUACUGCGGAACGAGCUACGCCAGCGGAAGCAAACCCGUCGAUGCGUCGAUUUGGGACUGCAAUAUGCCUUGCAGCGAUGGCGGAGGGCAGACGUGUGGAGGCCCGUGGCGAAUCCAGGUGUACGGCACAGCAUGA